AUCGAACAAAAUUUGCUGAGUGCUGCUACAACUGGAACCAUCCUAACACUUGCUACAAUUGAAAAUAUAUUGAAAUGGAAACGCAAGCGCCGUUCCCCUCUUACAAUUUGCUGAAUCAAGCAGCUACCCGCGGACCUCUCAUGGACCCCUCACUCUAUCACCAUCAGCUGCACAGUUUUCACCAGUACCCUCACCAUCAGCCCCUGGGUCCUACACCCAGUCCCCCUGGAUCUGUGAGCCCCCCUCCGAGUCCUUAUACUUCAGCCAACACUUCGGGGCCACUCAGCGAGAGACAAUUACAUCCUGUGAGGCGAAGUAGCGGGGAGCCUACGGAAUGUCCUUCUUCCUCCAUCACAGCCACACCUGAAGCCUCUCCCACUGUAUCAAAUAACAUCAAAGAUGUCAAUACUAAAGGAAGGAAUACGGAUACUCAGUCUGCAAAUUCAAAUGUCAAUUCAGCGUGUAAUAAUAACUAUAGUAAUAGGGUAACUAACAGCAACAAUGAGAAGGGAAAGAGUUUUUCUCAAAACAGUGAAUCUUCAGAAGUGCAUUCGAAUCCGAACGAAAUUCAGUCACCAACAUCACAAGCCACGUCCCCCGCAGCAUCAACGCAGUCAAACAACAACAAUCAGUCCGUGCCUGAUGUGCGGCGCUACAGGACGGCUUUCACUAAGGAACAAAUUGCAAUUCUUGAGAAUGAGUUCCUCAAAGAAAAUUAUGUGAGCCGCCCCAGACGAUGCGAACUCGCGAGAGAAUUGAAUCUGCAAGAAGCCACAAUCAAAGUCUGGUUCCAAAACCGACGCAUGAAAGACAAACGUCAGAGGAUGGCGGUGCAAUUUACAUAUCCCGACCCCAUCACUGCAUACAUCUUACACUGCGCUACCUCGAACUCUGCUGUACCCUUCCCGGCACCAGCGUUUCCUCAUGCAGUUCCAUUUUAUCAGAGAUUUUCUCCGUACCACAUCGGGCGGCCGAUGCAACUAAUGCAGCCUGCAUAUGCGCCCGAGACCGCACUACCCGCUCUUGCAAGACCGAUUCCGCAGCCUGCCACAGCUCUCAGUCAUGAUAACCUAGAGUAUUUCUUAUCUCAACACAGACAAACCUCACCAGUUCACGUCAAAGCCACUAGCCCCGCAAUCAGCGUUUCAUCGAGUCCUCCUCCCACUACACCGUCAUCAAGUCCAAUGCAUCACAAGAUUUUCAAGCCUUAUAUGGAUAUCAAGACUGCGUAAAAUUUGUGUGGGGCUCCACGGCAGAUGAUUCAUUUCAAAACUGAGGUCUUUACAGUCGUACCAAGAAUUGUUCGGAUAUUACACCGGCUGACACUACUCCUCAAGCAGUUAUCCAAUCAUUUGCUCGUGAUAAUUCAUAUUUUACAGGCAUGCAAGCAUUUACUUAUAGCAAAGCCUGCUGGUCAUUCGAGUAACAAACGCUGAAAAUGUAUGUUACUCCUAGUCAAAUCUUGUAUAAAAUCCUCAUAAAAUUAUUACUCAUGAAUCAAUCGAGCACUAUUUAUCUGUAGAAAUUCGCUUGUACAUAAUUAUAGAAAUAUACUUCACGAGUUAUACUUAUGAAGUAGCUCUACCAUCGCUAGUAGCGUACUUUAUUCUACUAAGUAACCAUUACUACAUGUGAAUUCAUAUGCUUAGUCAGGUGUUUGUUAUCUCUUCAACGCACUCAUGCAAAUGAUCUACUUCACAUGAUGCCCUAAUAUAUGAAAAAUUAAUUGAAAAGAACAAUCGAACAUUGUUAAUAUCUUCGUUGUUUGGUCUGCUGAUUGUAAAUUGUAUGUCAUCUGAUCAGUAUGGUCUCAGAUAAUUGUCGAUAAGUGAAGUGUAUAGGAGAUUAGAUCAUUCAUUAGAUGAGCGUUCUUAAUUCUUCUGGUUCUGUCUGUGUAAAAUAUUUUCCAGCCUCUACAUAAGUUCAUAAAGUGAUGCCGUUAUUAUAGUACACUACGUAUAUACGAGUAG